CGUCGCGUGUCAGAUAAGGAAGGGCCGCCGUACCUACUCACUUCAUUUAGUCAGUAAAUGCCGAGUUGACAGGUAGAGUGGACUACAGUAUAAUGCCGAAGACCAUGGUCGCAGUGAAGUGAGAUGUUCGAUCGAUGGUGCCGUUAAGGUGAGAGUGAGAGUGUUCUCACUAAUGAAAACCUGACUAAUGCUGUAACAACUGAGCAAUAUCAUGAUAACAUUACAAUGCCUCCCCAAGUGCCUACCCUUAAUGUGACUCUUCUGUCUGGCCACACCCUGCCAACAAAAGUGUCACAAGGAGACAAUGAAACUUCCCACAGCCUCCCACACAAUGCCCAUAGCAACACAACUCUGCAAAUCAACGAGACGCUGCUGUUCGAUAACACUACAGAAGCCAACAUCACGUAUGAAGACAACGAGUCCUUUCAGGAUCAGGAGAAGAACCAUCCCGGCUGGCACUGCAACGCUGAACAGCUGGAGUUGUACAGCCAUAUGUACUGUGGAAGUUACUUCCAUAAUCACAUGGUCUCUGUCCCAGAGCAGACAUGGUGUGACUGGGAAGAUAUCAAGAUACACUACAACGAAGUAAGCGAGUGCAUGGAGAAAGUGGCUAAUGCGCUACAAUGCUACUACCCCAACCAGCACACGCAGGAGUUCUUCGUGGGCAUCCACCAGACGUACUUCCACGCGUGCCCGGAGGAGGAGGAGGUCCCCUGGGACGCGCCGCCCGGGCUGGUGCUGGCGCUCACUCUGCUGCCCGUUAGCCUCAUCCCCGUCCUCGUCUUCAUGGUGGUGUGGAAGAACAACGCGCGGGAGUAGCCUAGCCUAGCCUAGCCUAGCUUAGCCUAGCCUGGCCUAGCUUAGCGUAGCGGCCUAACACGUGCUGAGUAGUGUUAGUGGAAGUGAAUCUGAGGGGUCCAAAAUGUCACAAUGCACUACUGAACUAGCUGUCCGUCAAGUAUUGAAACGGCAAUACCAUAUUUUAGGAUAAAAUGAGUUAUAUUUUCUGAUACAGUUAGGUCAACCUGGAUGAGUUCAUGCUGCAUCUUAUAACGCCUUGGGUUUGAUUCAGUUUUCUCUGUAGCAUAGGUAGGUCUACAUAACUUAUACUCUCCAGUGUUUCACAUUUGUGACCCUGUAAAGCGGAACCAGUCGUUUCGGUAAAAUUUAGUAAAUUAAGUUAUUGUGCUCACGUGAACGGCCAUAAACUAAGCUUUCCAACGAUAUGUAUAUUGAGGGUAUUACACAAACUAUCGCUAAGAUAACCGCAUCCAAAGUUGACAUGGUUCUCCUGUCAUGAUAUGCCAGAAGAGGAGAAAUCACCUGUUUAAGCAGCGCGUGCACAACGGGAAUGACAGCAAAUGUGUUGAAUCUUCGCCGGGUUUAACAGUCAAAACGUAGGUUUUUCAGUGAAAUGCGUUCACGAUAUGAAACUGUAGACUGUAUACAGCCGAAUUAUGCGAAAACGUGAAAUUCAACAUUUUAACCCGGAAGUUUGUUAUUGUUGAUUUUCUCAAAAUAACGAUGUGCGCAAAACAACUGAUUUCGCUGUGAAUGGUCACAUUUGAGCUACGUGUUUGCCUGCUGUCUUGUGCAAGCAUCUGACUACAUUUUAUGUGACCAUGUUUGAUUGUUUUUUUUUUUUUUGUCAUUUUAUUUGUAAGGGACCAUGUACAGUUUUUUAACAUUAAUAAAUGUUUCCAUUUGAUGCACUGUACCAGAGUUAGCCUUAGGCUAAUUUACAUCCGUAGUCCCCCUGGCAGGGCACAAUUACACAUGUACAGCAGACAAACAAAGAGGUAAGGUAAAAGCUAUAUCUGUGUAAGCCAACAGCAUUAUAUGCAAGAGAAGGGUAUAGGUGGAGUAAUAGUACUAUGUUUUGGGUGCAGUGUAUAAGAGGUAUAAUGUUAGAAGCAAUACUGUUGAACAAAGAAGGAUCCUUGUAUUAAUUGUUAUACCGGAAAAGGUUAACUAAUGGGUUAUUUUUGUAUAUUAAAUAAGCAUUUUUUUUUUAUCAUAUGCAAAAUUGCCUGUUAUAGGGAACACACACAAAUGUCUGUGGUUAUGUUUGGCUUUUAAGACUGACAUUAAACAGUAUUCUGCUGUAGCCUA